CUAAGGAUGGAGCCUGCUGUUCCCUCUGCUGCCACCCCUGAGCCAGCCGAGGCCCUGGCCCAAGCUCCAGUCCUAGGGCAGGUCCCCCUGCCACUCCCUGGCCUUUUAAGCCCAUCGCCCCUUCUCUCCUCAAGACAAGAAGUAGAUGGAAGUGAAAGAAGAGCUUGUCUUUGGAGGCCCUGGCUGUCCUCUACAAACGACCAGUCAAGGCAGGUGAGGAAACCUGUAGAUUUGGCUGCUGGUGGGGUUAUGGGUGCUGAGGACCCCAAGACUGACUCUCAGUUCCAUCACCCAGUCAGGCUCUUCUGGCCUAAGUCCUGUUCUUUUGACUAUCUGUACAGUGAUGGGGAGACUUUACUGCAGAGUUUCCCUGUCCAGGCAACCAUCAACCUAUAUGAGGACUCAGACAACGAAAAAGAGGAAGAAGAAGAGGAAGACAAAGAAGAGGAAGAGAAAGAGGCAGAUGAAAAGGGGCCAGAAGGGUGUGUGGAGAUAUCAGGGUCAACAACACAGAGGGCCACAGCUCAGCCCUGCUCCUGAUCUGUCCAAACUGACCUGGUCAGAGUCUGAUUGGGGUUCAGUAUGCCUGGCAAGGCUCCAGGGCAUCGAUUAGUCAGGAGUCUCCAGACAUAGCUUUUCGAAUUGGAAGUUGAGUCCUUGAGUCACCAGCUUUCCCUGGCUAUCCCCAGCUGGCCUGUGAGCCUGGGCUUCUGGCAUCUCAUUGUCUGGGUUGCUGUUGUGUUGACAGUGAGAAGUUCCUAGGAGCUCUAGGGGAAGGAAGACCUGCUCUCUGAAGCCCCUACUAAGCAAAUCAAGAUGGAGUAUGCCUAUGCAGAGGGUAACAGUCACUCUUCAGAGCUCUUGGAUUCCCCAGCCUUCCAGGUGGCCACAUAGUCCCACCUCCCCAUGGAAAGCAUGACUUCCAGCUUCACCACCAGGGAUGCCAACACUAGAUCCAAGCAAAGUUGGGGUGCCUUUCUGAUGGGAAAGAGGCAUCUACAGAAUCAGCUUGCUUUGGGGACCUCUCCCCAUUUUACUUGCUAUCUGUUGGGGUCUAUGUGUCGGCAUGAGAUGAAUCAGGGGAAAAAUAAACUAGAUGAU